UUUCACACAUUAAAUUUCAUCAAAACAAUUGUUACAAAUUCACUAAAAACCAAUUUCUAAGAAAAGAAACAAAAAUCAGUUUUGUAAAAUAAUGUGAUAUUCUGUGAUUUUUGAAGGGAAAAAGCAUGAUAAUUGACCAUUAAUAAGGAAAUAAAUCUAUAUCUAUAGGAGAAAAUACAUGUUAAUAUGUCAUAUUAACAUGUAUUGUUAAUAUGGGGUUGCUGAAGUCAUUUCACUUAAAUUCUCUCUCGAGCAAACCCCAAUUUUAAUGUUGUUCUCUCUCGCUCGCUAAAUCUCCUCAGUGUAUGCAAGCCUCAACCCUUGCUUGAAUGCUAAGGCUUGUAUUUUUGGGUAUUGUGUUGGUUUUAAAUCCCAUGUCCAUGAGCUGAAUUACUUGGAAUGGCACAGCAACAAAUAGAUUCCAAAGUUGGUGAAUUGGCGUCGAGUAUUAGUGAAGUAGGGCCGUGUAGUCAGGAUAAACAAGUCCCUUUGCCCGUUAAGAAGACACCACUCAGAGACCUCCCGAGUGUAAAUAAUAUUGUACCACAAAAGAACCCUAGUAGUCCUCUUGUUUUAAAGGAAGUAGUUACCACAGAGGCUGCGAAGGUGACAGGUGUCAAAAGAUCUUCUCCUGAGUCCCCAAUGAGUCCUCAACAGCAAUCUUCUGGUAAUAAUGGUGCAAAUGGUCAUCUUGUGUAUGUUCGCCGGAAGUCUGAAGCUGAAACUGGUAAAAUUAGUAACAUUGAGGUUAUAGCUGACAAUGCUAAUCCUCCUGAGCUAAGUCAGCUUGGCGAUCAAGAAGAUGGGAUUCGACCUAAGUCCUUAAUUAAUGAAUCCCAGAUACAACCUUUACCUGCAUAUGCACCAGUUGCUGGUUCUGUAAUGAGUAUUCCUUCAGGAAAACCCUCCAUUCCCCUUACUUUCGGGAAUUCCAAUACCAAAGUGGUGCUUGAAAAACCUACGCUGCAGGCAGUUACAUCUGGUAUCACUUCGCCAGCAGAAGCAAGAAUCAAAAAGCAGAAUUGGGAGGAGAGAUAUAUUCAAUUGCAGAUGUACCUGAAGAAGUUAGAUCAAUCAAGUCAAGAAGAUCAUCUUCAAUUGCUUCGUUCCCUUUCAGCUUCCGAACUCAGCAGGCAUGCCGUUGAACUGGAAAAGCAAGCAAUCCAGCUUUCUUUGGAACAAGGGAAAGAGCUGCAGCGCGUUAAGGCUCUGAAUGUGCUGGGAAAAUCGUUGAAGACUUCCAAUGGAACACAGAGUUGACAGUACAUAUACGGUACUGCAAUUAUUCGUCAAUCAUUGUUUCAAGCUCCCGAGUUCCACCACGAGAAUGUGUGACUAAGUUGUUGUCUCAUUAUCACCUGUAAGUUUGUAUCGUCUAACUACUAAUAUGUAGUGUAAUAAUCUUCUUAUCAUUUCUUUAAUUAGUCCUCAAACUCAGAAAUUGUUCUAGAGCUUGAAUGAAAUACCCAUAAACUGCAACUCUGCAAGCAGUAUUAUCUAAUGCAAUGGUCCUUCGUUUUCA